ACAGAGGCCGAGACGGACUCAGACGGAGACCAGACUCAGCGGACCAGAGAGCCGGGCCCGCAGAAGCCCGGGUAGCGGCCGGAGACAAGUCAGGAGGAGCGGCGCGGGGGGAGGCCAAAGACGCCGGAGAAGGGCGGAAAACCAGCGCGUAAGCCGGGGAGCCCGGCCGUUCCGCCCCCGCUCACAAGUGACCGCGCAGCUGGCGGGGGAGCCCGGCCCCUCGCCGCCCGACGCGUGCGGGAUCAAAGGGGUCGGGAAGGGCCGGCGGGAGGCGGCAGGAACCCGAAGGUGUGAGUGAGCUUCCCAGGGCGGGCGGGAGCGUGGGAGCGUGGGAGCGCAGAGGGCCGGGAGGCGACAGCGACCCGGAGAGACCACGAGAGAUCCACAGACGCGGGGCAGCGGAGACAGAGACGCAGGCACCGAGAGGCACGGAGAAGCCGAGACCCGGGGCUGGGGGUGCAGACAGACUCCUGAAGACGCGGAGAGACCAGAGCCGAGUUGCCAAGAGACCUAGAAAGAAGUGGAAGGUACAGAGAGAGAGACGCCAACAGGGGCGCAGGACGCAUAAAGACAGCGAGAUGGAUUUAGAAAAAGAAAGGGCGCUCCAGACAGAACGGGAAACAGAGAGAUUGCGGAAGAGAAAUGACGGAAAGAAGAGCCGGAGGCUUAGAGGGCGUUGGCGGGAAGACCUCGCUCCUCCCUGCGGAGGGCUGAGAGGACCCCCGGGGCAGGGAUCCGAGCGCCGCGUCCUUUCUCAGGGUCACGCCUGCAGAGGAGGGUGAGCGAGGCACCCACGCGGUCAGGCAGGCGGUGUAGGCCAGGCUCAACGAAGGAAUGGCCCGGAAUACUUGACGUGGGAGGAGCACCCGGCUGUCCUUCGUCCCCUCCGGAUCCGGCUACCCCGUCAUAAAGUUGCCCCAUAUGGCUAGGGGCGGCCCCACACCCGGGUGCGAACAGCCCGAGGCCCCAAGCCUCACGUGCAGGCACUUGGUCCUAAAGUCUCCGAGUGUUCAGGCAUCAUUCUGCAGAGGGUCAUGCUCUUGGAUUGAGAUGCUGAAGCCGCUUGUGGAGAAGCGGCGCCGGGACCGCAUCAACCGCAGCCUGGAAGAACUGAGGCUGCUGCUGCUGGAGCGGACCCGGGACCAGCACGCGAUCUUCAAGGCGUCGCGGCUCGGGUCUAACCUCCGGAACCCGAAGCUGGAGAAAGCAGAGAUACUGGAGUUCGCCGUGGGCUACUUGAGGGAGCGAAGCCGGGUGGAGCCCCCGGGGGUCCCCCGGUCCCCAGCCCAGGACGCCGAGGCGCUCGCCAGCUGUUACUUGUCCGGCUUCCGCGAAUGCCUGCUUCGCCUGGCGGCCUUCGCCCACGACGCCAGCCCGGCUGCCCGCGCCCAGCUCUUCUCCGCGCUGCACGGCUAUCUGCGCCCCAAGACGCCUCGGCCGGAACCGGUAGAUCCGAGGCCCCAAGCGCCGCGCCCUCUGCUGGACCCCGCCGCCCCGGCUCCUGGCCCCGCGCUGCACCAGCGCCCCGCAGUGCACCAGGGCCCCCCUAGCCCGCGCUGCGCAUGGUCCCCGUCCCCUUGCUCCCCUCGCGCCGGGGAUUCCGGCGCGCCGGCGCCCCUCACCGGACUGCUGCCGCCGCCACCGCCGCCUCACAGACAAGACGGGGCGCCCAAGGCCCCGCCGCCCGCUUUCUGGAGACCUUGGCCCUGAGCUUUGGGUGGUCGGAGGCGGGGUCUAGGGGUGAGGUAGAGACUCCAGCCCGAGGGCAGCAGAGGGACCCGGGCGUUGGAGGUGUUGGGGAGGGCGGCGGGGCGCGCGGGCGCAGGGCGCGGGUGAGAUGUGGUCUAUAUUAGAGUAUCUAUAUAAAUAUAUAUUUCCCUGGUUCCUGUCCCUUUUCCCUGCCCCUCUUGCGUCUAGGAUUGUACCCUCAAUGCCCCUGGCCCAGCCCCAGUCCCUUCCCGAGUCCCUAGUGCAUGGAAUAAAGUGAUUGUUAAAUCCC